AGUGGGGACUCAAAUAUGAGGCUUAAAUCUCCCCACAAUCCUCCACAGGAUAAGACCACAAUCUCGAAUCCACUAUCCCCAUUGGCUCUCACUUCCUAUAUGCCCAUUUUCGCCCAUCACUCAACAUCACCACCUCCAAUGGCAGCCACUCUAUCAACCACCAUGGCCAUGCUUAACGCCAAGUGCAUGACCUCCGCCAAACCCUCUAAACCAACCCCCAACAAACCCAUCUCUCUCAUCUCCGUCCAAAACCUUCCCAAAUCCCUAACCUCCUCAAAACCCGCCACCAUCUCCCUCACCGGAACCGCCAUCGCCGGAGCCAUCUUCUCCACCUUGAACUCAUGCGACCCUGCUUUUGCCGUACAACAGAUCGCCGACAUUGCAGAAGGAGACAACCGUGGAAUCGCUCUUCUCUUACCUCUCGUUCCAGCCAUCGCCUGGGUGCUGUACAACAUCUUUCAACCUGCGGUUAACCAGAUCAACAAGAUGAGGACCAAAGGAGUGGUGGUUGGGCUUGGAAUCGGUGGUGGUUUAGCAGCAUCGUCUGGGCUGUUUGCUACGCCGGAGGCCGCCGCCGCCGCUGAAGCCGCUGCUAAUGACAAUAGAGGGCAACUUCUUUUGAUUGUUGUCGCACCUGCUAUUCUUUGGGUGCUCUACAACAUUUUACAGCCUGCUCUUAACCAGAUCAACAAAAUGAGAAAUUGAUCAAUCAUAUAUAUAUAAAUUGGGUACAUUGAACUAGUAAUCUUGUAAUCGCAUUUCUUGUUAAUCAACUUCUCUUCGAAAACAUAUAUUUAUAUAUCUUCUUUUUUUGCCA